UUUUUUUUUAACUGUUACUAAAGUGAAUCACACUGUAUUUUCAUAGUCACAGUAUAGCUUCUUUUGUAAUUUUAUAAACAGCUAAUACCACCAGUAAAGUUGUGUGUUGCGUAUAACUGAUAUUUAGUCAUUUAUAUUUUCUUGAAAUUUAACCAUCCAUAUUAAAAUAAAUUACUUUUAACCUUUCAACUUUUUGCCAGCGCUACCUUCACAGCGCCAGCGGUAACCUUAUACCAUACUCCGAGAACCAUUACCCAUAUUACCUAUUCGUCGGUGGGAGGAAAACUGAAAGGAAGAUCGUAUCUUUACUUAGGUACCAUUGCCAUUCAAAUUUACUAAACGAAGAAGUUUAGAACCAGUUGGUUCCACUGCACCGUUGAUUGGAUUGUUGGUACCGCCUAAAGUAGAACUAGUGCGCAGUUUGUGAUUUAAAUUUGAAAGUGUAAACAAUCAUGAAGAUUCUCGUGGGAGCCGUUUUAUUUACUUUCGUUUUUGAAAAAAGUUUUGCUCUGCGAUGUUGGAAAUGUUCCAGCGAUAUAGAUCCAUCAUGCCGAGAUCCUUUCAAUGAAUACAAUAACAGAAAUUAUAGGCAAAGUAGUGGAGCUUACGAUAAUUUACAACAAAAUUACAAUCAAAGACAAUAUGACAACUAUAAUACCAGAUAUGACACCAACAACAACAACAACAACAAUCAAAGAUACGACAAUCAAAGGUACGAUAACAACAGAGAUCCCAACUACAACCCCGGUUUCAGCAACUACAACUCUGGAUACAACAAUGUGAACAGAGCGCCAGUUCUUGAGCAAUGCGACGAAAAUGAAGCUAGGAAUAAAAGAAUGAGGCAUGUGUGUUUGAAGGAAAUUGUACGAGGAUCUAGCUACGUCAGCGUAGUUCGACGAUGCGAACUAGUUGCAUAUGAACAACCUGUUGGUACGUGUUCUCAAGGUGUCAAUAGAGGACUGACAUUAGAUUUCUGCGAAUACUGUGAUUGGGACGGCUGCAAUUCAGCUACUGGACUUAAGACUAAUGUAUACUUAGCUGCAGCCAUAUCUUUAAUUGUACUUUUCUUCUACCAUUAAAUACCUGUAAUCUGAAUGGAAAUUGUAAAAAAUUUAUUGUUUAUUGUAAUGAACCAAAGAUGUUGGAAAAACAGAUUUAUUGAUAUAUUUCGAUUUCUAUUUAACGUCACAUCGAAACAAAAAGGGGACUUCUUCUGAACAAUACCUAUGCACAGAAGCUGGUCAGAAAAUUAUUAGAUAUGAUGGGAAUAUUAUAGUUUUAGCUCUGUAGACCUAAUAGACACUUGUCUUAAUAUAUUUUU